AUGGAGUCAUCAUGCGUCUUACAGAAUUCGGUUUACGAAUGGGCCCGCGAUCAUAGGCUACACCACAAGUACACAGAUACGAAUGCCGAUCCGCACAACUCGAAUAGAGGGAUGUUUUUCUCGCACGUUGGUUGGCUACUGUGCCGGAAACACCCGGACGUCAUCGAGAAGGGUCGAACCAUUGACACCAGUGAUUUGUUGGCCGAUCCGAUCGUGGCGUUCCAAAAAAAAUUUUGAGAGGAGCGAGGAAGCUAGUGGUUUUACAAUGCUGUUUAUUAUUUUUUUUUUAACUUGUAUAUAAAAUGUCUACCAGAAGAAGUUCUUCGAUUUCAACAUAUUAUGGUAUCUUAUCUUUUGGAAAAUUAGAUCAAGAGAGAUCAUUUUUCAAUUUUCUCAAUAGUUAUUAAAUGUCACGGAAAAAACCACCGACAAAUUACGACUAAUUGCUAAAAACAGGAUUUUAAUUUCUAACGCUUUGU